UAUACUGUUCGCUAUUUUCUCUGUAUAGCUUGAGUAACGAAAAAAACUAUCUGUACGGUCAUACGUAUCAUUUGUACUGAAACAUUUUCUUCUCUGUUCUAUCACCACGUAACUAAGAAUGAGUAAACAAGACUUGUUGUCGAGAAAUCAGAGCUAUUGUACUCUCAAGAUUAGUAUCGAUUGUGAUGGCUGUGAGAAGAAAAUUAAGAAACUACUUUUGAAAAUUCAAGGGGUGGAAGCUGUGAAUAUGGAUGCAAAGGAAGGGAAAGUACAAGUGGUAGGUAGUGUGGAUCCAGCAGAACUCAUAAAAAAGCUAAAGAAAUUAGGAAAGCAUGCUGAGAUAUUGGAUUCCAUUAAUAAGCAGCUUCAGAACUUGCAAGUUGAUAAUAAUAGUAAGGGUAGUAAUGGAAAUAAGUCUCAUAAUCAAAAUGGUCCUAAAGAAAGUAAUGGAAAUAAGUCUCAUAAUCACAAUGGUCCUAAAGAAAAUAAUGGCGGUGGUGCUCAAGCAGUAAACUUGCAGAAUUUGGAAGAGGGUCGUGAUAUUAAGAUACCUUCUAAACAACCCAAAAGUGUCAAGUCCAACUUACAUAAUUUGAAAUUUGAUUCAAUUGAUGAUUGUAGUCAUCAUGAAUUGCAUCACAUUAAUUUUGAUGAUGACUGUGGUGAAGAGGGAGGGGAAGGACAUCUUCAUGGUCAUGGCCAUCAAAUGGAAAAUAUAUCUGGGCCUCGUGGGCCUGCUGGUAUGAUGAAUAGUGGGCCUUUCAGGAGUCAAGACAAUGGCUGUGAAAAUGAUGGAACUUGCAAGAAAGAUGAAAAUCAAAUGGAGGGUAAAAAUGGUAAUACACAGAAUGGGAAAAGUGAUGGUGGUUUUCUAAGUCAGUUUCUAGUAUGUGGGAAAAAUAGUCAAAAAGAACAAGUAGUUGAUAGUUACAAGAAAAAUUACAAUCACAACAAUGAUGACAAAAAAGAGAAAAAUAGUUGUAAUAAUUUAGAGCGACAAGAGAGUGUCUUUCAAAAUGCUAGUGGUAGUAAGAGUAAAAAUAGUUUUGAUUUUGUUGAUUACUAUAAUGUCCCUAGUGAGGGUAAUGGUAGAUAUGGAAGGAAUGGUAACGAUAGUAACGGAAAUGGAAAUAUGGGCCAGAUGGGCCCAAUGGAGCAUAACAUUCGGGCCGUGCAGGAACAACAAGGGCCAACGAAGAAUAGUGGUAGAUAUGAUCAACAAGGGAUGCAAAUGCAAAUGGAACAUCCUUCUUAUGAACAACAACAACAACAACAACAAAAGUAUCAGCAACAACAAGAGCAACGGCGCAUGGAUAUGAUGAGGAUGAUGAAACAACAGCAACAAUUUCAGCAACAGCAACAGCAACAACAACGACGACGACAACAAGAAGCUAAUUAUGGGAACAACAUGUUUCCAUCAAAUAGGAUGUAUGAUAGGGCACAUCCAUCCAUGAAUUACAGGCCGCCACCUCCGCUUCCGCCGUCAACGCCGUCUCCCGUCAAGCACACCUGUAGUGAAGAGAACGCCGCGGGUUGCACCAUCGUGUGAAAAUUAUUAUGUUAAACAAGUAACAACUUUACUUUGUGUUUUUAUCUUUUUUGGCUUGUUGAGUUUAUUAAUAUUUGUAACUUCUUUCGUUUGUUGGAGUUUAUGAAUAUUUGGACUACAUUAGGAGAGCUAAAAUAAUUAGUUAUAUAAAAGUAAUAGGAUUUGUUUUUUUAAAGAA